AUGAGACGAGUUUUGAGAGUGGCUAUUAUAAUAAGGGCACUUAGCUAUUGCUGUCAUUUGUUUCAACCACUUGUGAAUAUCUUCUGUUUGAAGGCUUCACAGGCUGAGUCAAUGUCACAUGAUUUAACCUCAGCCGUUGAUCCAACUUCAACUGAAAGCAGAAUGGCAGCGGAAGAAGAUAAGUGGUCAGAUCUGCCUCAUGAACUACUUUCGAAAAUUGCGGGUGAACUAGGGCUCAUGGACUUUCUCAGUUUCCGAUGUGUCUGCAAAGACUGGCACAUUGCUUCUUCAAAAGUGUCACAUGAAGAUAAAUCUUCCAAGUCUGAACCUUGGUUACUCGUUUACGAAGGAGAAGGUUCUCAGUGUUCGUUGCAUAGCAGCAAGCAUAAACGCUACAUCAGCCACAUCCAAGAACUGGAAGGGGCAGCAUGCCUUGCAUCGCAUGAAGGAUGGUUACUUCUGUUUCGUGAGGGCUCUUUGUUCUUUUUUUGCCCAUUUUCAAAGGCAAAAAUAGAGCUUCCAAAUUGUCCAAUAACCGAAGUAACUGACCAUAUUGCAGCAUUUUCAUCUGCCCCCACUGCUCAAGAUUGCAGUGUUGUUGUGCUUAACCAGUUGAAUGCUUUUGAGUUACAACUGUUCAUGCUUUGCAGGGGAGAGAAUGCGUGGAGCAAGCACUCCUAUGCGGGUUAUCCUUUCAAAAGAAUGAGGACAGCUGUGUUCUACAAAGAGAAGGAGUUUCACUUUUUGGACGAGGGGGAUGGUUUGGUUAGCUUCGAUGCUUCUGAAAGCCCUCAAUGGAAGAGUUUUGUUGUGCGUGUGCAGGAAUCAGAAAGUACACCUUCGGAUGUGGUAUUGAACUACGUGAUAAGUAAGAACUUUUUUCAACGCCAUAAUAAUGAGCGUAGUGGUAACUUGAGAUUCUUAGAGGCAAAUGAUUCAAUUUCUACGGUGGGAACAACAGUUCCACGCCAUACCGGUAAUUUUGACCUGUUAAUUGGGAGUGAACGCAUAGAGGCACCCAAGCAAUCAGAAAGCCGUCAUCUUAAAGGGGUAUGGAUCCAACCUAAAUAUUGCUAUGUUCCUCCAGAUCAGACAUGGUAA